AUGGGGAAGGAAUGUGCUGAGGGGCAAGGCAUCUGCUUUCGACCCUGCAUGACCUUCCUUCACAUCACCUCCUGUCCCACGGACUAUUGCCAGUGGAACACGCUGACCUUGCUAUGUGAGGACAGGGCUCCCGAUAUGCCAACGGUGUAUUGGAGAGACAGCGCAGGUACAACGGUGAGGGAGAUAGCAACGGAAGUGAUUCAGCGGACGGAGCCUGCUGAUGCUUACUUUCCAAUGAGCUUUGCGGCUUUCCGCAAAAGUGGAGAAGGAUUUCGAAUCGAAGGUGUCCAGAUUGAGAACAUCACACAGCCGGAAGCGCUCUUCUUGCAGCUUGACACGAACAUUGAUGGUGUGUUGAGCUCUGCCGAGUUCGCCCGCAUCGGAGAGAUCUUUUUAUCUCUUAGAACUGCGGUGAUAGAGACACGAUCGGCACAGGAUGCGGCGCGACGACUCCAGUCGGUGCCCAAGCAGCAGGUCACCCCUGAGGUGUGCAACGCAAGAAAUCCACGGCAGUACUACUGCAGCUUUGACUCGGACUGCAAGGAGGACUGCAAGGCAUGUGGAUGGAAGAGUGCCACAGAUCGUGCCUUUUCGAUUUGCGUGCAGCCGUCUGCAGAGGUCUGCCACGCAGACGGUGGCCAGGUCUUCUGCCCGUCGGACGAAAUGUGUCAUCCGCCUGGAGACUGCAGCAACUGUGUCGACAGGACGAUUGCGGACCAUGCUCAGCACGUGUGCCUGGCACUGUGGUGGGAUCCGCGGCCGCUGACGCAGUGGACAAACUGGGUGUGUCGCUGGCGCAACAAGGUCGGUAUGCCUUGUGCGAACGACCAGGACUGCAUCUAUGGAAUGCGAAGAUGCUUGGAUGGCGCUUGCAUGCCUUUUCAGCCGUACAAUGCCAACCAGACCUGUGAGAGCGAUUUCGACUGCCCUCAUCUUGGGUUUUACUGCCCUUCCGACCCGACCGGCGGACAAAACCCAUACUGGGUUCAAUACUGCAGAGCCCAGCGCGAAGAGGACAUGACUUGCUCAGAGGACCGAGAAUGUCAGCCCGGAAUGCGAUGCAACGUGGGUGAACCACAGCCUCGCUGCCGCCGACUUUUCUCGCUUCCAAUAGGCGCGCUGGCGGCUGAGGACGUCUUUUGCCAAUUUGGCUGGAGGGACAGGGAUGGCAAAUGUGCCCCGCCCGCACAGUCCAAGCAGGCUGGCAGAAGCUGUGACACCGACCUCGACUGUGAAACAACAGAUGAGACAGGAAGGAUGGGCAGCUGCACCUGCAAGGCGUGGUGGGACAAAGAUGAUCCCAAAUAUUGCAUGCCUGUGGCGGGAGACUAUUCGCGGCACCAGGAAGCCUUGAGGAACUACCUCUGGUUCAGGGCAGAGAAUUGUGGCAAUUUCUGGACGGAGCAAGAAUGCUUGCGCAUCUUCGGCAACGAGGCCAUGAGGCUCAAGCUUGCUGUGGAGUGCGAGACGCAACAGCUCUCUGGUGGCCCUUAUGGCCCGCCUGAGGAGUGUGGUAUUGUGGACGACGAGCGAUUCGGAGACAGAUGUGCCAUGAUGGAUGCAUUGGGGUGA